UCCCCAGAUUCUGUCUCUGUCCCCCCUCCCCCACCCCUGUCAGCCUGUGACUAAAGCGAAGUAGUAAUGGGCUCAGAAACGCCUGGGUCCAGUGGCAGAAUGCCAUGCUGACGCCUCACAGCUUCGAGAAAGCGCUGUCGGCUUUUGGCCCGUGGAAGGCUUUUGCAAUGGCAACGGAGCAAGAUUCUGUUUCAGCCUAUUCAGGACAGUUCAGGCCACGGGACUCCGGGGCUCGGCACUUGGCCCGUGGAAUGAUCGGCAUUGUGUCUUCCGGAGCCAUAAGAUCGGGGCUUCCACGUUGAAUUCACCAUUAAAUGGUGGCAUGAAGGGUGACAGUCGCUGUUUGUGGACAACAGAUUGCUAAAGAUGAACCGCUGCCUUGCUGUCACCGUCGCGGCGCUGGCGCUGACCAGCCAGGUCUGCUACGCAUAUCCCCGCGGCUUGUCCACCGCGAGAGUUCUCGCCCGCGCUCAAGAUGCAGAAGACACGUACGACUAUGUCAUUGUCGGCGGCGGGACGGCCGGCCUCACUAUCGCCGACCGGCUGACCGAGGACGGCAAGACGACGGUGCUGGUCGUCGAGUAUGGCGAGCUCAGCAGCUCUCCGCUCAUCCAAACCGUGCAGGGGGGCUUCAUGGGCAUGUCGAGUCCGC